UCUGCAGAGGCCAUGCCGCUGAAACAUUAUCUCCUCCUGCUGGUGGGCACCCAUGCCUGGGGCAUCGGGCUGGCCUACUACGGCUGCCCGAGCGAGUGCACGUGCUCCCGCUCCUCCCAGGUGGAGUGCACGGGGGCUCGCAUUGUGGCGGUGCCCUCCCCUCUGCCCUGGAACGCCAUGAGCCUGCAGAUCCUCAACACGCACAUCAAGGAGCUCAGCGACUCCCCUUUCCUCAACAUCUCUGACCUCAUCGCCCUGAGGAUCGAGAAGAACGAGCUGUCGAACAUCAUGCCGGGCGCCUUCCGCAGCCUGGGCUCCCUGCGCUACCUCAGCCUCGCCAACAACAAGCUGCAGGUGCUGCCCGUUGGCCUCUUCCAGGGCCUGGACAACCUGGAGUCCCUGCUGCUGUCCAGCAACCAGCUGGUGCAGAUCCAGCCGGCGCACUUUGCCCAGUGUGGCAACCUCAAGGAGCUGCAGCUGCACGGGAACCACCUGGAGUACGUGCCCGACGGUGUCUUCGACCACCUGGUGGGCCUCACCAAGCUCAACCUGGGCAAGAACAGCCUGACCCACUUGUCUCCCCGCAUCUUCCAGCGCCUGGGGAACCUCCAGGUGCUGCGGCUGUAUGAGAACCGGCUCUCCGACAUCCCCAUGGGCACGUUCGAUGGGCUGACCAACCUGGAGGAGCUGGCCUUGCAGCAGAACCAGAUCGGCGCUCUCUCCCCGGGCCUCUUCCACAACAACCGGAACCUGCAGCGGCUCUACCUGUCCAACAACCAGAUCUCGCAGCUGCCCGGCGGCAUCUUCAUGCAGCUGCCCCAGCUCAACCGCCUGACGCUCUUCGGGAACUCCCUGAAGGAGCUGUCUCCGGGCAUCUUCGGGCCCAUGCACAACCUGCGGGAGCUCUGGCUCUACGACAACCACCUCACCUCGCUGCCCGACAACGUCUUCCGCAACCUGCCGCAGCUGCAGGUGCUGAUCCUCAGCCGCAACCAGCUCAACCACAUCUCGCCGGGCGCCUUCAAUGGGCUGGGCGAGCUGCGGGAGCUGUCCCUGCACACCAACGCCCUGCAGGACCUGGACCCCGGCGUCUUCCGCAUGCUGGCCAACCUCCAGAACAUCUCGCUGCAGAACAACCGCCUCCGGCAGCUCCCGGGGGGCCUCUUUGCCAAUGUCAAUGGCCUCAUGACCAUCCAGCUCCAGAACAACCAGCUGGAGAACCUGCCGGUGGGCAUCUUCGACCACCUGGGCAACCUGUGUGAGCUGCGGCUCUACGACAACCCCUGGCGCUGCGACUCCGACAUCGUCCCGCUCCGCUCCUGGCUGCUGCUUAACCAGCGCAGGCUGGGCACCGACACCCUGCCCGUCUGCUUCAGCCCGGCCGACGUCCGUGGGCAGUCCAUCAUCAUCAUCAACGUGAACACCCCCAGCGCCCAGGGCCCCCAGGGCUCCGUCUACCCGGAAACGCCGAGUUACCCGGACACCUCUAGCUACACCGACACCACCUCCAUCUCCUCCACCACCGACUAUACCAGCACGACGGAGGACUAUACCGACCUGACCACCAUCCAGGUCACUGAUGCGCGGGACACCGGGGGCAUGACCCAGGCCCAGAGCGGGCUGGCCAUCGCGGCCAUCGUCAUCGGCCUCAUCGCCCUGGCCUGCUCGCUGGCUGCCUGCAUCUGCUGCUGCUGCUGCAAGCAGAGGAGCCAAGCGGUCAUGAUGCAGAUGAAGGCGCCCAAUGAGUGUUAG